AUGGAGACAGGUGGUUAUGUCAUGUUACUAGCGCUAGACCUUUUGAUACUUCACGGUGCCAUCGUCAAACGCCUGCCAUCUCUACGCAACAAACGCAAGACUGCAGGGCCAAUUAAUGUAGAGGCAGCAUCCACAGGUGGCGACAUCACUGCCGGUGACUACGUGGUCACCGUGAACGGUAUGAGUGUUGCCAAUACGGCGCAGUUCAAAUCGCUUGUCAGUAAGACGCCGCGGCCGAUCGUACUGCGCUUCCGACGCAAGUGUAAUGCAGCCUACGAUCUCUUUGGCGAGCGUGCACGGGAGGAUGGAGGAAAUGAUCUCUUUGGUUAG